GACGUUCAGGGGAAGGGCCGGAAGUGCCGGACGGGACGGGAAGGGCCGGCGCGAUGGCGGAGGUGGAGGCGGCGGGGACCGGGGUCGGCGGUAGCCCCGAGGCCGGCGGCGGCGGCACCGGCGGCGGUUGGCGGCGUCCCCACGGGCCGCUCCAGCGGUACUACGGGCCGCCCGCGGCGGAGACGGCGGAGGCGGCCCCGGACCCCGCCGACAUCAACGGGCCUCACUUCGACCCGGAAGUUUUCCUGACGAAGGUGCGCAGCGAGUGUCCCCUGGGGCAGUUGUUGGCCCGUGAGGCCGCGCUGGGGCGGGAGAUCCGCGCCCUCGACAGCGACAUGCAGACGCUGCUCUACGAGAACUACAACAAGUUCAUUUCCGCCACUGACACCAUCCGAAAGAUGAAGGUCGACUUCCGGCGCAUGGAGGCAGAGAUGGACGAUUUGGCUGCUAACAUGGCCGCCAUCAGCACCUCCAGUGCCCGCGUCAGCGCCGCGCUGCAGGACCGGCACCGCCGUGGCGCCCAGCUUGCCGGGGUGCAGGCGCUGCUGCGGAAGCUGCAGUCCCUGGUGGAGGUGCCGGGGCGGCUGCGGCGGUGGGCAGCGCCGGGGGCGGAGCCUGCACGGGCCCUGCGCUGCCACGCCCGCGCCCGCGCCGUGCUCCGCCACUACCGCCACCUGCCCUCCUUCCGCGCCAUCGAGGACGAGAGCCACGCCAUCAUGGCCGACCUGGCCCAGCGCCUCCGCGCACGCCUCCGGGACGACACCUUGGACCCCAAGGAGCUCACCGAGUGCGUGGAGAUGCUGUUGCAGCUGGAAGAGCCACCUGAGGAGCUGUGCGAGGAGUUCCUGAGCCACGCCGGCGCCCGCCUCGAGGCCGAGCUGGCCGCGCUGGAGGCCGAGCUGCCCCCGGCCGACCCCUCCGGCACCGCCGCCACGCCGCCCCCCGCCUCUGACAUCCUCGACUUCGUCGACCGCGGCAGCUCGGCCUUCGUGGGCAACCUGUGCCUCCUCGCCGCCUCGUACCGCAGCCUCUUCGAGGGGCGCCCUGGGGCUGGGGAUGGCCGCCUGGAAGCCUUCGCCGCCACCCUCACCGCCCGCUACUUCGAGCUGCUGGAGCGGCGCCUGGCGCUGGAGCGGGGCCUGGGCGACACCUCGCUGCUGGUGCGGGCGCUCGACCGCUUCCACCGCCGCCUCCGCGCCCUCCUCGAGCUGCUGCCCGCGGCCGGGGCCGAGGCGGGCGCCGCGCUGGUGGCCCGGGCGGCGCGCGAGCGGGUGGAUCGCUACCUGCGGGCGCUGCAGACCUUCUUCCUGGGGUGCCUGGGCGACGUGCGCCAGGCGCUGGCCGCCCCCCGGCCCCCCGGCAAGGAGGGUCCCGGCCUGCCCGACCUCCUGGCCACGCUCGCCUCCUCCGUCCUCGGCCAGCUCAAGGCCGUCCUGGCCUACGUGCAGCUCUUCACCGCCAAGGACGUCGCCUUUGCCAGCCUGCCCUACUUCAAGGGGGAGUUCUGCGUGGAGGCGGUGCGCGAAGGGCUGGUGGUGGCCUUCGUGCACUGGCUCUGCCGCACCGCCCGGGGCUUUGCCGACGGCCCGGCUGAGCGGGGAGCCCCUGCAGCCCCCCCGGCCCUGCUGCUGCUCCUCGCCCGCCUCUGCCUUGACUAUGAGGCCACCACCAUCAGCUACAUCCUCACUCUCACCGACGAGCAGUUCCCCCCCCAGGACGCAGGCCCGGCAGUGACACCGGGGCCGGCACUGUGCACAGAGGCGCGGGGGGCGGCGCAGCGGCUGCUCGACCACUACGUGCAGGUCCAGGGCGCCGCGGUGGCACAGAUGCUUAGGAAGAGCGUGGAGACACGAGACUGGCUGGGCACUGUCGAGCCCCGCAACGUUCGUGCCGUCAUGAAGCGCGUGGUUGAGGACAUCACUGCCAUCGACGUCCAGGUGGGACAGCUCUUCGAGGAGGGGGUGCGGCGGGCGCAGAGCAGUGACUCCAGCCGGCGCGCCUUCUCCGUCUACAGCAGCUCGCGGGCACCCGGGCGCUACGCCCCCAGCUACACCCCCAGCGCCCCCAUGGACACCCACCUGCUCAGCAACAUCCAGAAGCUCUUCUCCGAGCGCAUUGACAUCUUCAGCCCCGUCGAGUUCAACAAGGUGUCGGUGCUGACAGGGAUCAUCAAGAUCAGCCUCAAGACGCUGCUGGAGUGCGUGCGGCUGCGGACGCUGGGGCGCUUCGGGCUGCAGCAGGUGCAGGUGGACGGCCACUACCUGCAGCUCUACCUCUGGCGCUUCGCCGCUGACGAGCGGGUGGUGCAGGGGCUGCUGGACGAGGUGGCCGCCAGCGCCGCCCACCGCUGCCUCGACCCCGUCCCCAUGGAGCACAGCGUCGUCGAGCUCAUCUGCGAGCGCGGGUAGGACGUGGGGACGGGCAGGGGCGUGGGUUGGUGUGUGGCAUCGCGUAGCGGGGGAUGCAGGGACAUCCCCAGCCGAGUGGGGACAUCAACGGGAGGGGGACACGUCUUCAGUCCUGUUACGUAUCUGGGGACAGACCUGUACCCCGCGAAUCCCCGCACGUACCCGGGGACACACCAUCCUACCCCCCAUGGCAACACACGAGGACGUCCCCUGUCCCCACACCCAGCAACACGCAGGGAUGCCCCCCGUCCCCACGCCCACACCGUGUCACCCCACGUUGUCACCCCUCAGCCCGGGUAACGCCCCACAUUGUCCCCCCACCCCGGUGACACCCUCAAUGUCUGCUGACACCCCGUGUUGUCCCUGCGGCCCCGGUGACACACCACGUCACCCCCCCACCGUGGUGACAUCCCCUCGUGCCUGGGAACACCCUGGGCACAGCCCCUUUGUCGCAGUCGGGGACAAUAAAUAAAGCGUGCGUGAGCUGUG